CUGCCGGGGCUCGGGUGCGGACCGCGAGCUGCCCCUGACGGAAAGAGCGGGAACAUCGGCUGCGAGCUGCUGCACGGCGCCGUUCGCAGACUGGCCUGACGUCGCUGGAGCCUUUUGUCGGCCUUUCGUUCCGUGAGGAGGGCGGGUUGGUAUUUGCGGCGUGUCGGAGUUCGGCUUCCCCUCUGCGCUCGGAGCUGCCGCGGCCCCAUGGCGACCUACCUGGAGUUCAUUCAGCAGAACGAGGAGCGCGACGGCGUGCGCUUCAGCUGGAACGUGUGGCCGUCCAGCAGGCUGGAGGCUACGCGGAUGGUCGUGCCUCUGGCCUGCCUGCUGACCCCGCUGCGGGAGCGCCCGGACCUGCCGCCCGUGCAGUACGAGCCCGUGCUCUGCAGCAGGGCCACCUGCAAGGCCGUGCUCAACCCGCUCUGCCAAGUUGACUAUCGGGCCAAGCUCUGGGCUUGCAAUUUCUGUUUUCAGAGAAAUCAGUUUCCUCCAGCAUACGCAGGCAUAUCUGAAGUCAACCAACCAGCUGAACUUAUGCCUCAGUUUUCAACAAUUGAAUAUAUAGUGCAGCGAGGCCCGCAGACGCCAUUGAUCUUCCUGUAUGUUGUUGACACGUGCUUGGAAGAGGAGGACUUGCAGGCACUGAAGGAGUCCCUCCAAAUGUCCCUAAGUCUGCUGCCUGCUGACGCUCUAGUGGGGCUUAUCACGUUUGGCAGAAUGAUCCAGGUUCACGAGCUGAGCUGUGAAGGGAUUUCUAAGAGCUACGUGUUUAGAGGCACUAAAGACCUGACAGCUAAGCAAAUACAGGAUAUGCUUGGUCUUUCAAGGCCAGCUGUCCCCAUUCAACAGGGAAGGCCUCUUCAAGCUCCAGAACAGCCUGUUAUUUCAAGCAGGUUCCUGCAGCCAGUACAGAAGAUUGACAUGAAUUUAACAGAUCUCCUUGGAGAACUUCAAAGGGACCCGUGGCCAGUGACCCAGGGAAAGAGGCCUUUACGUUCCACUGGAGUAGCUCUUUCGAUUGCUGUUGGCUUGCUAGAGGGCACAUUUCCAAACACGGGAGCGAGAAUAAUGCUAUUCACAGGCGGUCCACCGACGCAAGGACCAGGCAUGGUGGUGGGAGAUGAAUUGAAAACACCCAUUCGUUCUUGGCAUGACAUAGAGAAGGACAACGCGAGGUUCAUGAAGAAGGCCACCAAGCACUAUGAGACUCUGGCCAAUCGCACUGCCACCAAUGGUCACUGCAUCGAUAUCUACGCCUGUGCCCUGGAUCAGACUGGACUGCUAGAGAUGAAAUGCUGUGCAAACCUCACUGGAGGACACAUGGUGAUGGGAGAUUCCUUCAACACUUCUCUCUUCAAGCAAACCUUCCAGCGGGUAUUCAACAAAGGGCUUGGUGGGGAAUUUCGGAUGGCUUUUGGUGCAAAUUUGGAAGUGAAGACAUCCAGAGAGCUGAAAAUUGCAGGUGCUAUUGGACCAUGUGUAUCCCUGAAUGUGAAAGGACCGUGUGUUUCUGAAAAUGAACUUGGAAUUGGAGGAACAUCUCAGUGGAAAAUUUGUGGUCUGGAUCCCUGCACAACUCUGGCCAUUUACUUUGAAGUGGUAAAUCAGCACAAUGCACCAAUACCUCAGGGAGGCCGAGGGGCAGUACAGUUUGUCACCCAGUAUCAACACUCCAGCACACAGAAACGCAUUCGUGUCACCACCAUAGCCAGAAACUGGGCAGAUGCACAAAGUCAGCUCCAGCACAUAGAAGCUGCAUUUGACCAGGAAGCAGCUGCUGUGCUGAUGGCACGGCUGGGAGUGUACAGAGCUGAGUCUGAGGAGGGGCCUGAUGUGCUGCGAUGGCUGGACAGACAGCUGAUCAGACUGUGUCAGAAAUUUGGACAAUACAACAAAGAUGAUCCCAACUCCUUCAGAUUGUCGGAAUCAUUUUCUUUGUAUCCCCAGUUCAUGUUCCAUUUGCGACGCUCCCCAUUCCUGCAGGUCUUCAAUAACAGUCCAGAUGAAUCUUCUUAUUACCGUCACCACUUUGCUAGGCAAGAUCUCACUCAGUCUCUCAUUAUGAUUCAGCCCAUCCUUUAUGCUUAUUCUUUCCACGGACCUCCUGAGCCAGUGCUUUUGGACAGCAGCAGCAUUCUUCCUGACAGAAUCCUACUGAUGGACACUUUCUUCCAGAUAGUUAUCUACCUUGGUGAGACUAUUGCACAGUGGCAGAAAGCUGGUUACCAAGACAUGCCUGAAUAUGAAAACUUCAAGCACCUACUGCAGGCUCCAUUGGAUGAUGCCCAGGAAAUCUUGCAGACCAGAUUCCCAAUGCCACGUUAUGUCCACACUGAACAUGGGGGCAGCCAGGCUCGAUUCCUGUUGUCUAAAGUGAACCCUUCUCAGACCCACAAUAACCUCUAUGCAUGGGGACAGGAAUCAGGAGCCCCAAUCCUGACGGAUGAUGUCAGUCUGCAGGUGUUCAUGGACCACCUCAAGAAGCUGGCAGUCUCCAGUGCAGCGUGACUUGAUUGAACCCAGCAGCACAAACAGCAGUGACAUACAUCACGGUGACGAUGGAAGCGGAACGAUUUAUUUACAUUUCCUUUUAGACUAAGGUUUUUAAGUAUUAAAUGAAAUAAAUAUGUGGGGAGAGCUUAGUACUUUGCCCUUCUAGAUAUUAAUUUAUUUGUACUCCUUUUUACCUCUAUUGUUUAUGCUAUUUUCUCAUACUGUAUCGGGAGCCAAAGUAUGUUUUAUCCGGUGUAGAUCUUUGCAGCCUUAGCUUAAUAUGUAAUGAUCUGUGGUCUGAAGUGGUGGCUUUAGGCAACCAGGGGCUGGAUUAAUGGAAAAUAAAACUGGAUAAGAAAAGCAUUAAUACUGAGUGCUGACCCCCAUUGAGCUGUAUGUGCGUUUUUGAAAACACACCACCAGGAGAGGUACCAACUGCUACAAAUAAUGCCACUCGCUGCUCUCUGACACAUGGUUUCAGUCGCGGAUCUGAAGUUUCACGUGGAAACAAAGAGGGACGUGAAGAAAAUACAGUGCGGAACACUUCUGAAGCAGAGCAGCAGGGCUGGAGGUCGGCGUGCAGCACCGUGCCGGCGGGCAGCUUCUGGUUCCCGAAGAUGAAAGUGAUGAUAAGGCGAACGAAGAGCACUCCAGAGAUGUGGUGAUUGCAAGUAAACCCAUGGGGUUAAACGUCACCACAGUAAUGACGUACCACAAGGAAUUGCCUCCUCUCACGCGGCUGCUCCGGCGUAUGACAGCGUAUUUUACUCCCAGCAGUAGUCCUCCCCCCUCUGAGAACUGAGCUGGCAGCGACGCGGAACGAGGAGUGUUGUGCUGUGCAGGAGAGCCUGAGGAUGUGGUCUAGUCAUCUGGCACCAUGCUGUCGGCUGUCGGUCUGUCACAUUGUUGAAACAAAACAAUAGAUCCCUGUCCGAAAUUCCUUUGCAAAACUCGCAGGCUUUCUUGCCUCUUCACAUCAGUGCUGUUCUUUGCACAUGUACUCAAAUUAUUAAAUGUAAACUAGGUUCUGUGGAGUCUUGUGAGAUGGUGGUGAGCUGGAGUGCUGCUCAGGGGGCGGCCAGGUGCCCUUCACUUUGUGAAGGUUUCCCAGCAUAGGGGCUGCUGUGCAUGAGCUGCUCUCUCUACCCAUUGGGUCCAAAACAAAACAUUAAAGAAUUAUUAAGUGGCAA